AUGAAGCAACAACGUUACUUGGUCGUCGUCUUCUUUGUCUUUUUCAGCUUUCUCCUGUUUGUGAACCUUAGUGAAGGAAGAUCAGGAGGAGUUGCAGAGGAAUAUUGGAAGAAGAUGAUGAAUAAUGAGCCAUUGCCUGAACCAAUCAAAGAGCUUCUGGACAAUCCAUUUAGGGCAGGACGAGAGAGGUUCGUCAAGAAUUUCAACACCAAAUCUAUCGUCAUCAUCUACCACAAUCCUAAUGUAUAA